AUGGAAGAUGAUAUUCAAGAAGUAGUGAAGCAAGUAUCUCUGACUGAUUUCAACAUUGCAGAGAAUGAUCAAAUCUUCUGGAAAUUAGGUGCUACAUAUAACUUCUCUAUGAAAGCUACUUAUAUUGCUAUAACUGAUCACCUGCCUAGCCCUAUUUGGAAGCACUUAGUUUGGUUUAAGAAUCACAUUCCUAGACACUCUUUUAUAACUUGGUUAGCUCUCUUAAAAAGGCUGAAAACUAGAAGUAAGUUAUGUAAAUGGGGAACCAUAUCUGAUCCUACUUGCAUUUUAUGUGGGAAUGCUGAGGAGUCUGAAAAUCAUUUAUUUCAUGAGUGUUAUUUUUCAUCUGAAAUCUGGAGAAGUCUUCUUCUUAAAAUGAGAAUUAUUAAGGGUCUUGAGAGUUCUUGGGAUGAAGAAGUUAAUUGGUGUGCUCAAGCAUUUACAGGUUCUAGUUGUAUGGUUAUGAUUAAAAAGAUGGUUCUUAAUAGUUUUGUUUACCAAAUUUGGAGAGAAUGUAAUAAUAGAAUAUUUAGAACUCAAAAUGGUUCUCAAGAACAAGUUAGUGUGCUUAUCAUACAAGAAGUGAGGUUCAAAAAUGUUAGCUAUGAACCAUAA